AUGGAGGAACGCGGGUCCCCCGACGGGGACCCUGAGCGCAACCCGGAGCAUGGGCCGGAGGGACUGGAAACGCCCAUCCAGGUGGUGCUCAGGGUGCGACCCAUGAACGCGGCCGAGCUCCGACGAGGGGAGCCGAGCGCGCUGCACUGUGCCGGGAGCCGCACUCUACAGGUGAGCCCUCCGGGAGGUGCCCCGGACUUGGCAUUCCGCUUCGGAGCCGUGCUGGAUGGGGCGCGCACGCAGGAGGAAGUGUUCCACGCAUGCGGGGUGCAGCGCCUAGGCGAACUCGCCCUGCAAGGCUUCUCCUGCACCGUCUUCACCUUUGGACAGACGGGUUCCGGGAAGACAUAUACCCUAACAGGACCUCCUCCCCAGGGGGAGGGUAUGCCCGUGCCCCCCAGCUUGGCAGGCAUCAUGCAGAGGACCUUCUCCUGGCUACUGGACCGUGUGCAGUACCUGGGAGCCCCGGUCACUCUGCGGGCCUCGUACCUGGAGAUCUACAACGAGCAGGUUCGAGAUCUGCUGAGCCCGGGGUCCCCCCGGGUGCUCCCUGUUCGCUGGAACAAGAGCCGUGGCUUCUACGUGGAGCAGCUGCAGGUGGUGGAGUUCGGGGGUCUGGGCGCCCUCAUGGAACUCCUAUACUUGGGUCUGCGUCGCCGGCGGAGCUCCGCCCACACCCUGAACCAGGCGUCCAGCCGUAGCCAUGCCCUUCUCACUCUCUACAUCAGCCGCCAAGGCGCCCAACAGAUGCCACCUGUGGACCCCGGAGAACCUCCCGCGGGGGGGAAGCUGUGCUUUGUAGACCUGGCGGGCAGCGAGAAGGUGGCGGCCACCGGGUCCCGCGGGGAGCUCAUGCUCGAAGCGAACAGCAUCAACCGCAGCCUGCUGGCCCUGGGCCACUGCAUCUCUCUGCUACUGGACCCCCAGAAGAGGCAGAGCCACAUCCCCUUCCGGGACAGCAAGCUCACCAAGCUGCUGGCGGACUCGCUGGGAGGCCGAGGGGUCACGCUCAUGGUGGCCUGCGUGUCCCCCUCAGCCCACUGUCUCCCCGAGACACUCAGCACCCUGCGCUAUGCCAGCCGAGCUCAGCGGCUCACCACCCGGCCACAGGCGCCCAAGUCCCCCAUGACCAAGCAGCCCCCGCGUUUGGAGGCUGAGAUAUUGCAGCUCCAGGAAGAGAACCGUUGCCUGCGGUCCCAGCUGGGCCGAAUGGACCCUAAGGGCUCGGGGCUGGGCGGGGCCCGGGCAGCCUGGGCACAGCGGAAUCUGUACGGGAUGUUACAGGAGUUCAUGCUAGAGAACGAGACUCUCAGGAAAGAAAGGAGUCAGCUGCGGAGCAGCCGGGACCUGGCCCAGAACCAGCAGAGAGUCCUGGCCCAGCAGGUCCGGGAGCUGGAGCGGCGCCUCCUCAGCACCUGCUACCUUCACGCGGCAGGCCCUGGCCCGGCGCCCCUGUGCCCCUGUGUGGCAGGGCAUCUUCCCCGCUGCCAAGCCCUGCCCCCCAUCUGCUCCUGCUGUCACCUCUGCCCCCUGUGCCGAGCCCCGCUGAGCCACUGGGCCCUUCCAUGGAAGGAGGCGCCCCUGUGCCAGGCGUCUGACCCCAAGGCCCGGAGCUGCGUGUCUCUGUCUGCUCGGCCACCACCCUGGGCGCCCCCAGGCAGCCCUGGCUCUGCCUCACGCCUGCAAGGGAGGGACCACAGUGACUGGACCCAGACCCGCGUCCUGGCAGAGAUGCUGAAUGAGGAGGAGGAGGGCGUGGUUCCUUCUGCGCCCCCACUGCCCACGGGGGCCCCCAACCCACCGCCAGUGCCCAGAGGUGGGGCUGCGGUUCCAAACCUCGCCCGGAAGCUGGAGGCCCUCAGAGACCAGAUUGGCAGCUCCCUGCGACGGGGCCGGAGCCAGCCCCCCCGCAGCCAGGGCCCCAGAAGCCCUCGCUGA